UGCAAAUCACUGAGAUCGAGGGCAGAACGAUCAUGUACGUUAAUUAUUAUCAUACAGAAUUCACAUGACGUGUAUAGCAUGUAGAGAUUGCUGUUUACCAGUAAACUACAACAAGGGUUGCAGAUAUUAACAAAAACUUAAUAUUUAAUUCUGAGUACUACAUUACACUAAAUGCACUGCUUGAUCAUCGCUGCAUUUCAACUUCUGAACACGUACUGCUUUGGGAUGCAGGACAUAGUUUAGCAUAUGAAACCAAACGGAGUUGUGCUUGAGGGACGUGAUACGGAGGAGAAUAUUCGUUCUGAAGUGAGAUAAAGCCACCAUCAAGACAUCAACAUGGCAGGCCUUUUCGAUGCACUUGGAUUCAAAUGCGAUGAAUGUGGGAAUGAUGAUGGAGAUGAGACUCAAGGGUACAAAGUCGUUGAACAGCGUCAUUUAUGCCCAACUUGUGCCCGCAAUCUGGCCAGUGCCAUACUGGCUGAUGCAGCACAUAGAUCUGUUAAGUGGCCGUGUCCGCAACAUGAGCGGAAAGAAGUGGAACUUCUCUGCUCUGAAUGCAAAGUGGCAGUGUGUCCAACUUGCGCAUUGACUUCUCACCAUGGUCACCGGAUGCAAGACAUCGAGAAAUUCUUCACCGAAAAGAAAGAAGCUAUGGAAAGGGAUGUUGAAAAGAUUUCUGCAAAGCAGAUCGAAAUGCAGAGCUUUCUGAACAAGGUAGAAUGCUGCUCGCAAAAGAUAGAUGAUCACGUCGAAGACAUCAGAGCUACGAUAUCCGUCACUUUUCAGACAAAGUCACAAGAUCAGAAAGAGCGAAGAAAUGUUCAACUAGUCAGGAUUAACACAGAGGCAGAAGAGCUAAUCAGGCAGAUCAACGAAAAGCGUGAAAUGGAGCUUGCUGAAAUGAAUGAAGAAUACAACAACGAACACGAAACACUGGUAAAAGACAGAGACAGUGUACUGGCAGAGCUAAACAUUAUUUCAGACAAGCUCAAGAAGAUGACUUCAGACGCCAAGGUGUCCGCUAAGGCCACUAAAGAUCAGUUAGAGAGCGCAGCUGCACUUGCAAAAUCCAUCGUGGUCGAUUGCGAUGGGAAAUCCUUCCAUGAGAAGAUCGCAGAGUUUCACGAAAAGGGUAUGGACAACUUGCCCCGUUUGGACCACGAUCACGUGGAUACGAUCUCAAAGGCUGCGAGGAAGUUAAGCUUCAAGAGGGUGGAUGAUACACAAAGAAUCGGUACCUUGACAGGACAGAUGGCUUCCUAUGAGGUAGAAAAGACAGUGAAAUUGUCUUCUGAUAUUCAAGAGCCGUUUCUUCUCGGAUCGAUCGAUGAGCAAACAUUGAUCGUUCGGAACGGAAAUGGAUCAGGUCUGUACACGGUGAACAUAGAGUCUAGAUCUGUGGAAACGCUUCUGGGCGACAAGAAGAGUCGGGGUAUUUGGGAUUUAGCUGUCAUUCCUGGCAAGGGUUUCGUAUACAGUGAUUACAAUGCAGGCCUCCUUAAGAUCUGUGACAGACAAGGGAAUGUUUUAAGGUUUUUAGCUAUACCUGAUGACGAAGCGCGUUUUGCGUUUCUAGCUGUGGACAGGAAGGGCAAACUACUCGCUGCUAGCCACAAUACCAGCAACAUCCAUGUGAUUGACCCCCAGACAGGAGCACACCUUCGAACUAUCGAUGAGGUCGACUGCAAUCCAAUGAUGGGAUGUGGGGUACUUAGCAACGGGGAUAUCAUCAUUCGCUCUGGAAACUCCGACAUUAGCAGAAUCUUUCGAGCGACGGGAGAAAUCAAGAUGAGGUUCCCACUCGCUGAUUGGAGCAGAAGGAUUAAUUUUCAUGUUGCUCCGGAUGACAUGAUCUACGUGACAUACCGUGAGAGAUCGGAUGAUGUAUACAUGGGAUACGUUAGUCUCAUGUCCUCUGCCGGUGACAUGAGAAGAGAUAAGGUCAUCGAGUUUCCGACAUCAUACCUCUAUCGCUAUCAUCCAAGAUGUGUUGUUCCUGUUCCCGGAACUGUUGUCGUCCUGAAUGGCAACGUCCUUAUCGUCUACAAGGAAACACCUGGAGUAAACGAUCUUCGCUGAACAGAUAAAUAAAUGGGGGAAAAGGGAAGGGAAUACUGGUUGACCGUGGAUAAUUUUGCUUUUAAAACACUUAUUCCUUUAUUGCCCAAAAUAAUUAUGUGUGUCCCAUUGUUGAAAGCAGUGACGUAACGUGGGUCACGGCAUGGGGGGGCACCAGAAAAAAAAUUGAGUCACCUAGUGAGCGCGCGAAGCGCGCUGUUGCCAGGUACACUGACCUAAUAGAAUAAUUUUAAGGACAGUGCCAUUAACGAAUAUGUAUCUCACUAAUCAAAUAAUGCAAGCGCGAAGCACGAGCUGUA